AUAAUACCCUUUUUCAAAUCCUUUGUCCGCUAUAUCCGCUAUUAAGAAUAAGAAUGGCGCUCACUACUUUGCUCGGACCCUCUGCAUUUCUGAAACUCUCUACUUCCUUCAAUGGCGAGCCAUCAAUGUCUUCGUCAAAUUCACUUUCUCUUAUGGGUUCUCCUAUUACUCUCUCACUUCCUACUGCGUUUCCCGUAAACAAAUCAUUUUCCCGAAAGAAAUUUCUGGUUUUUUCUCGGAGGAUGUCAGGGUUGGAGGAGGCCAUGAAAAUCAGGAGAGAACGUGAACUUCAGGUUGUGGGGAAGGAAAGAAAAGGUCCUCCAUUAAGGCGUGGAAAAGUAUCGCCACGUCUACCUGUCCCUGAUCACAUACCAAAGCCUCCUUAUGUAGGCUCAGAUAUACUUCCAGAAAUUGCAAGUGAGUAUCAAAUUCAUGAUUCUGAAGGUAUAGCUAAAAUGAGGGCUGCAUGUGAGCUUGCAGCACGUGUCUUAAACUUCGCAGGAACUUUGGUUAGGCCUUCUAUGACAACCAAUGAAAUUGAUAAAGCAGUGCACCAGAUGAUAAUUGACGCUGGUGCUUAUCCCUCACCCCUUGGCUAUGGUGCAUUUCCAAAAAGUGUUUGCACAUCGGUUAAUGAGUGCAUGUGCCAUGGGAUACCUGAUUCUCGGCAGUUACAGAAUGGUGAUAUUAUCAACAUUGAUGUGACAGUCUACCUGAACGGAUAUCAUGGAGACACAUCAAGGACAUUUUAUUGUGGGAAAGUCAGCGAUGCAAUGAAAAACCUUGUUAAGGUAAGUGAAGAGUGCAUGGAGAAAGCAAUAGCUGUUUGCAAGGAUGGUGCUCCUUUUAAGAAAAUUGGAAAGAGAAUAAGUGAGCAUGCUGAAAAGUAUGGCUACGGCGUAGUGGAACGUUUUGUUGGGCAUGGUGUUGGAACAGUGUUUCAUUCUGAGCCUAUUAUUUUACAUCAUCGAAAUAACGAAGGAGGUUGCAUGGUUGAAGGUCAAACAUUUACAAUUGAGCCAAUUCUUACAAUGGGAAGCAUUGAUUGCAUUACAUGGCCAGACAACUGGACAGCAGUUACAGCUGAUGGUAGUCCGGCAGCACAAUUUGAGCAUACCAUUUUGAUAACCAGGACUGGAGCUGAAAUUUUGACUACAUGUUGAUGUGUUUCCUUAUGGUGGAUUGUGCACAUAUAAGAAACUGAUUCUCUUGUGCAUAUAAUUUUCAUACAUGAAGAAACUCACACCAUAAAGAAAAAGAUUCAACCGGAGAAUUUCUAUCAGCAAAUGCGAAGCUACUGCUAUACAUGUAGUGAAAACUCUUGUAACACUGCAUCAAGAGAGGCCUCUGCUCAGAUGACUAUCUGGAAGUUGGACUGGUAGGAACCCCACUUGUUUGUACUUUUUUUAUUACGAAAAUAGCUUUGGCAUAAAGAUGUAUUUUAAAAAUUAUGAUAAUUAUAUUUGUUUUUUCGGAAAUGGGAAGAAAAUAAAUGUCAAUAGAAAAAACUCUGAAGAGAAAGUUGUAUUGUAGAAUCUGUUUUGGAGGGAUUUGGUUCUUCUAAGCAAGUAAUUUGUUAGAUAGAAACGUAAGACACAUCAACCAUUGAUUAGAAAAACAUUGUAGCGCAUGUUAACAAAUUUA